GUUCUCUCGAGACUUGGACCAAGUUCGGAAGAAUAGCUGCCCGAAAAAGAUCAUUCCGCUCUGCGAAGGAUCGCAAUGGGAAGCAAUUACAGGACCAUCGUUUGGUGAUGGAGGUUGUUAGCAGGGGACAGUCCACAAGAAUGGUGGCGGAGGCUAGACUCUGGGGCUGGAGCUUCAACUCCAUCUUAAACACUCUGUUGAACGAGCUCGAACUCAGGCUUGAGAAUACCUUGAUCUAAUGCGAUAUGUGUGAGUCAAAAACAUAAAGUUUCAGAUGUAACGGUUUCCGGUCCCACAACCACAGAACCGGCGUGGUAAAAAUUUGGGUGCCCUGGAAUCAUCCAGGCUCCGGGAUAGAGUGCAAGAAUCUUGACCGUUGAAAAGUUUGUUCCUGGAUGGAAUGAGGCGCGAGGAAAGAGUAAACUUUCCAGGCUCGGAAACAUAUUCGUCGUUACAAUUGCAAGGGCACACAAGCUUGCAUGUUGACACACAUUCACAUUCGCAUUCAAAUCUGCUCUACCACCCAAGUCACAUGGCUAGCUUCAUGUCCAGGAACACAAGAGUGUUACGUUUGACAACAGCAUGCAGGGGAAUAAUACGUUGAACAAGAGAUCAAAUGAUACUCGGCAUGUCCACGUCGUUGAUGACAGCAAUGCCAACAACUCAUAUCUUAACGUAUGGCAAUGUCGACGUUGAAAACAUGAGGCGAGGACCCCAUACAGUGCACCAUAGGAGAAUAAAGAAAUACCGAUCCAUGCUGGUCGUUUAU